AUGUAUAUGAUGUCAGCUCUCUCUACUCCCCAAGCAGCAGCCCUCUCCUCCCCCAAGCAGCAGCCCUCUCCUCCCCCAAGCAGCAGCCCUCUCCUCCCCCAAGCAGCAGCCCUCUCCUCCCCCAAGCAGCAGCCCUCUCCUCCCCCAAGCAGCAGCCCUCUCCUCCCCCAAGCAGCAGCCCUCUCCUCCCCCCCAAGCAGCAGCCCUCUCCUCCCCCAAGCAGCAGCCCUCUCCUCCCCAAGCAGCAGCAGCAACAGCGAGAGGAACACUAAACUAGCCAUUACUGUCACAAUUACACAAGUGGCUCCUUCACCCCCUCACAGCACUCCACGCUCAGUGGCAGACGCUCCGUCAUCCACGGCCAACAUGUGCGAUAUACGACCUCUGCCAACACCAAAGUUGCCUCCCCCCACCUCUCAGUCUCUGUCACCACCUCGUAUUGUGCAGCUGCAGCAGCUCCAACACCAGCAACUGCAGCAGCUCCAACACCAGCAGCUGCAGCAGCUCCAACACCAGCAGCUGCAACAGUACCUGUAUGAGAGGUUGCAGUGCCUUGUAGGAGGGCUGCAGUACCUGUAUGAGAGGUUGCAGUGCCUUGUAGGAAGGCUGCAGUACCUGGAUGAGAGGUUGCAGUGCCUUGAAGGAGGGCUGCAGUACCUGUAUGAGAGGUUGCAGUGCCUUGAAGGAGCGCUGCAGUACCUGGAUGAGAGGUUGCAGUGCCUUAUAGGAGCGCUGCAGUACCUGUAUGAGAGGUUGCAGUGCCUUGUAGGAGGGCUGCAGUACCUGUAUGAGAGGUUGCAGUGCCUUCUGUAUGGUAUAAUACAGCAGUAUGCUAUAAUACAGCAGUAUGCUAUAAUGCAGCUGUAUGCUAUAAUACAGCAGUAUGCUAUAAUACAGCAGUAUGCUAUAAUGCAGCUGUAUGCUAUAAUGCAGCACAACAACUACAGCCUUUCCCAUCACCACAAUCUCGACCGACAGCCACAACAGCUUCUCUUCCACCACCACACCCACCAGGAAGAGCAACAGCCUCCGGCUAUCAACCAGAUCCCACCCAGCUCCACCAACAGCCUCCGGCUAUCAACCAGAUCCCACCCAGCACCACCAACAGCCUCCGGCUAUCAACCAGAUCCCACCCAGCUCCACCAACAGCCUCCGACUAUCAACCAGAUCCCACCCAGCUCCACCAACAGCCUCCGGCUAUCAACCAGAUCCCACCCAGCUCCACCAACAGCCUCCGACUAUCAACCAGAUCCCACCCAGCUCCACCAACAGCCUCCGGCUAUCAACCAGAUCCCACCCAGCUCCACCAACAGCCUCCGACUAUCAACCAGAUCCCACCCAGCUCCACCAAGAGCCUCCGACUAUCAACCAGAUCCCACCCAGCUCCACCAACAGCCUCCGACUAUCAACCAGAUCCCACCCAGCACCACCAACAGCCUCCGGCUAUCAACCAGAUCCCACCCAGCUCCACCAACAGCCUCCGACUAUCAACCAGAUCCCACCAACAGCCUCCGGCUAUCAACCAGAUCCCACCCAGCUCCACCAACAGCCUCCGGCUAUCAACCAGAUCCCACCCAGCACCACCAACAGCCUCCGGCUAUCAACCAGAUUCCAGCCAGCACCACCAACAACUCCGGCUAUCAACCAGAUCCCAGCCAGCUCCACCAACAGCCUCCGGCUAUCAACCAGAUCCCACCCAGCUCCACCAACAGCCUCUGGCUAUCAACCAGAUCCCACCCAGCACGACCAACAGCCUCCGACUAUCAACCAGAUCCCACCAACAGCCUCCGACUAUCAACCAGAUCCCACCAAGCUCACCAACAGCCUCCGGCUAUCAACCAGAUCCCACCCAGCUCCACCAACAGCCUCUGGCUAUCAACCAGAUCCCACCCAGCUCCACCAACAGCCUCCGGCUAUCAACCAGAUCCCACCCAGCACCACCAACAGCCUCCGGCUAUCAACCAGAUUCCAGCCAGCACCACCAACAACUCCGGCUAUCAACCAGAUCCCAUCCAGCUCCACCAACAGCCUCCGGCUAUCAACCAGAUCCCACUCAGCUCCACCAACAGCCUCCGGCUAUCAACCAGAUCCCACCCAGCGCCACCAACAGCCUCCGGCUAUCAACCAGAUCCCACCCAGCGCCACCAACAGCCUCCGGCUAUCAACCAGAUCCCACCCAGCUCCACCAACAAGUUCCCACGUAGUUGGUGCUGCACAAGUCUUGCUGGAGGCGACUAG